GCGCCACCACUAGCCAUCUCAAGCGCUUAGCCAUCAGUGAUUAUUAAGGCACACCAUAAUCACUCUGCCUCGUGCUAGUGAUCAAGCAACUGCUUCAGUACUCUGUAGCAAUGGCAGGCAAGGCCACGAUCGUGCUGUUCCUCGCCGUCAACCUGGCGGUGUUCGCCAUGGCAAGCGCCUGCGGUGGCAACUGCCCCACCCCAUCCACCCCGUCGACGCCGACCCCGACGCCGGCCUCGUUCGGCAAGUGCCCCCGUGACGCGCUCAAGUUGGGCGUGUGCGCCAAUGUUCUAGGCCUGAUCAAGGCCAAGGUGGGCGUGCCGCCCACGGAGCCAUGCUGCCCGCUGCUGGAGGGGCUCGUCGACCUCGAGGCCGCACUCUGUCUCUGCACCGCCAUCAAGGGCAACAUCCUCGGCAUUAACCUCAACCUGCCCAUCGACCUCAGUCUCAUCCUCAACCACUGCGGCAAGAGCGUGCCCACCGGCUUCAAGUGCCUCUAAGCUCUAAGCAAACCUAUGGAAGCAUUUAUGUGGCAUGCAUGAGCGCGUGCGGGCCAUGCAUGGGUAUGCCAACAUUCUUAUGGCCUCAACAGAAAACGUUCUUUUGCUAAUCAUUUGUUUUAGCCUAUGCUUAUUGGCCUGGUCAUACGCAUGUAUCGCGGUUUGAGAUCACCUUUUUCGCUUUUCCCUGAACUAUUUGGAUUAUUGUUUUGUAUUCGGCAACCUUGUUAUAUGAAUAAAAUUUACUUCUUCAGUUUGCAGUU